CGGCGUGCUCGUUCGCGAGUAUAAUGCUACACUUUUCUCACGAGAAUGAGGGUGGCACGGCUAUUACUGUGCUACGUACUUCUCGAAGACUACAGUACCAAUCUCGGCGGGGCUGCAAUUACCAGCAACGCCGUGCGCCAGGACGCCUCUGCGACGAAUCCCACGCUACCAGAUUUGCCAAGUUUCGCCGCACCGAUCGGUAAUGUGACCGCAGCCAUCGGCAAGGAAGCCGUUCUACCGUGCACCAUCCGGAAACUAGGAAAUUACAAGGUGGGAUGGCUACGAAUGGAGGACCAGACGAUAUUGUCGAUGGGUCAGCGAACGGUGACCCAAUCGUCUCGGUUUCUCGUCACGUUUGAGAAUGCGAAAGCGAAGAAUCAGAGCGAGUCGAGGGACGAGGAAGAAGCCACUUCGCGGCUCCAUAUUCGCCCGCUCCGGCAAGCUGACCGAGGCUGCUACAUGUGCCAACUGAAUACGAAGCCCAUGUUGAGCCAGCUGGGAUGCGUAGAUGUCCUAGUCCCGCCAGAUAUACUCAGUUUCGGUACCUCGGAGGGUGAGGUUUCCGUUCUGGAGGGUGAGAACGCCACCCUCUCGUGUAAUGCCUCUGGAAGACCGCCACCUCGCGUGCUCUGGCGACGCGAGAAAAGUGGUUUCAUACUUAUGAGGGGUCUUCACGAUCCGCUGAUACCAGUGGACAACCAGUCCGGUGAGAAGCUGGAAUUAACCAGGGUAGACAGGAGGCAAAUGGGAGCGUAUCUUUGCAUAGCUAGAAACGAAGUGCCUCCGGCAGUCAGCAAGAGAGUCUAUCUAAGGGUAAACUUUCCGCCAAGCGCAAAAGUUCCCAACCAGCUGUUAGGCUCGCCUCUGGAAAAGGACGUGUCGUUAAUCUGUUUGAUCGAAGCUUAUCCAAAGACGAUUAACUUGUGGACUAGAAAGGAGCAAGUUAUCAUGAGCGGCGGCAGAUACGAAAUCGACGAACGGGCACAUCCGGAGGAGGAAUGGAAGACAACGAGCGAGUUGAAGAUAAAGCAUUUGGAAAAAUCGGAUUUAGGGGAGUACACGUGUUCAGCGUCCUCGAGCAUGGGCAAAGCGGAAGCGAUUGUUAGAGUGUACGAGAUCGAGCGAGCAACGCCACCCACCCGAGCCACGUCUGCUAGCUGGAAAAAGUUGAGCAAAGGAAAAUCGAAGUUUGCUCAAGUCACGACGAUCAAUCGAAUCUUCCACCAGAUGAGCACGCCAGCGAUGCAGAAGAGCACCGCGAGGAUCGUUUACAAUAAGCACAUGACGACCUCGACCACGGCGGAUCCUCGAGCACCUUUCAUCAAAGACAAAAACGUGUUUCAAAAUCGCGAUAGCCCAAGCACGCGAAGCAGUACGAACGCGAAAACCAGCGGUACAAGAAUCUAUGCGUUAAGCUUGCUCAUUUGUCUCGGACUAUGAUAAAUUGUAUCGGCUAGAAGAAACGUGUCGAGGUUUCGAACGAUGCAGUCAAAUGCGAAGGAACGUGAUAAAAUAUCGAACGAUGUACAUCGUGUCGAAGAUAUCGAUGACAUACGACGAAGAGUAAGAACCUCGACUAGAAAGUUUUAAUGAAACGGCGAGAAGUUCUUAUUGCGAUCAUUCAACGACACGAUGAAGGGCAAGACCACAAGUACAAUUGCGUGCAACGAUGCUUUUCUUUGACUAGGUUCUUCCUAGACUUUAGCCCCUUCCGAGCCUCUAGGCCGCAAGCUCUUUUUGGUUUUUUCGAAAACUAAAA